GAAGUGAAUCUAAACUGACCAAAAACCUACAGUCUCCCCUCUCACUCUCUCUCUCUCUCUCUCUCCACUCUCUUUCUCUCUCCUCUCCCUCACGUUUUCCGGCGGAUAUAUAUACCGGCCAAUCCGGCGAGACAAAGCUAAAUUCCCGUAAAACAUGAUUCGAAGAGAAUGACGAGUCGUCUCCGGCGGUCGAAUUCGCCAUGUCACUGUCGUCGUGCUCAGACUGCUUCUCCGACCUCCUCUGCGGCGAGGACUCCAGUAGUAUUAUCUCCUCCGUCGGCGGAGAUUUCUCGCCGGAAUACUCAUCGGACUUCGAUUCUCGGCCGCCGGACGCCGAGGAGUCCAUCGCCGGGCUGCUAGAAGACGAGAGAGAUCUAGCUAUCGUGCGCGGCCGCGCCGUCGAUCGGCCCAUCGACGCGUCGGUUAGAGCUGAAUUUGUUGCAUGGAUUCUCAAGGUGCAAUGCUAUUACGGUUUUCAGCCGUUAACGGGGUAUCUCUCCGUUAACUAUUUUGAUCGCUUCCUUUACUGCCAUCAGUUGCCGAAAAUGAAUGGAUGGCCGCUGCAACUACUCUCCGUUGCAUGUUUGUCUCUAGCUGCGAAGAUGGAGGAACGUCUUGUUCCUUCUCUUUUGGAUCUUCAGGUUGAAGAUGCAAAGUUUAUUUUCGAACCAAGAACAAUCCAAAGAAUGGAGCUUCUAGUUCUAAGAGUCUUGGAUUGGAGACUUCGAUCCAUCUCCCCAUUUUGUUAUCUCCCUUUCUUCGCGCUCAAGAUCGACCCAUCUGGAACUUGUACCGACUUCCUCACUACAAGGGCCAAGGAAAUCAUCUUCUCAACAAUUCAAGAGACCAGCUUCCUUGAGUGUAGGCCAUCUUGCAUUGCUGCUGCAACAAUACUGUGUGCAGCAAAUGAUCUGCCAAAAUUCUCUCUCAUCACAGCUCAACAUGCUGAGUCAUGGUGUGAGGGACUCCACAAAGAUGAGAUACAGAGUUGUCACCAGCUGAUUAGGCAAGAAGUAUUCAAAAUCAAGCCAAAGAAGCUUCGAGUGAUCACGUACCGGGCAAGUAUUACCUCGACUGAUUCUUCGUCUUCUUCGUCUUCGUCUCCAUCUCUGAAGAGAAAGAAAUUGAGCAACAGCUCUUGGAUAGAUGAAAAUGAAGGGGCUUUGGUUAAGAGGGUUAAAAAUCAUGAUAAAAUUUGAAGAGUGCAUGCAUAGGUUAAUUAAUUAGCAAUAAUGUGUACAAAAUGAAAAAAAAAAAGGAAGUUUGAAAUUUGAAUAGUCUUGUGAGAUUUAAUUCUAACCUCUUCUUGGUCGGGAGGGAGAGUCUUGUAGUGCCUAAAUUAGAGACGUACAUACGUAUACACAUGACGUGUAUAGGUGGAGACGAACGAUGGAGAUUAAAAAAUUGGAAUAAUUAUAUAUAUAGUGUAUGUGAGUGAGCUUAUGAAUAUGUUCAAGUACUUUAGUGGGAAGGAGUCAUACAUGGGGUAUGAAUGAAUUGAAUUGAAUUCAAUUGUAACAUUGAUUACUAAAGAGGAAGAGAGAUUGGUGUGGGACCAAAAAUGGCUGUGGAAAUCAAUGGAGUUGGCAGAAAUUUGAGGGAGGCUGCUGCAACUAUUUAAGUUUCAUGGCUCCUUUGAAGAAUUAAUUAAUUUACUCUUUUUUUUUUUUUUUUUGAGUGAUGAAUGAGUGUGAGCGUGUACAGAUAGUCCACGUGUAAUACGCGUAUGAAUGUUUUGGCGGGAAAUGCUCUUUUUUUUUCUUUUUCCUUUUUUGAAUAUAUAUAUAUUUUUUGAACAAAGUCCUCGCGGACUUGCGCGCGUGUAGGGGUACACGUGUGUAUGGUGUAAUAUUUGGAUUUUCUUUUUUCUUUUUUAAUUAUUUUUGUGCCGAAAAGGACAGCGACGUGGAUUUGUUUGAAUAUACAAAGGUUUUUUGAUUUUUUUCCUUGUAA